AUGAGCGGACGACGGGAUUUCUUGUCUAUGCCCGCGCCUGAGAACUAUGUUGCUGGUCUCGGGCGUGGUGCUACGGGGUUCACUACUCGAAGUGAUCUCGGUCCAGCUCGCGAAGGUCCAUCGGAGGAACAGAUGAAGGAGAUGCUGGCUAAGCGUGCAGCGCAACUUGGCCAGGCAGCACCUUCAGCAUAUGGCGCAGUAGAAAGGAAGGAGGAGGAUGAAGAGGAGGAUAGAUUCCAGGAUCCCGACAACGAAGUUGGACUAUUCUCGAGCGGAAUGAAUUACGACAAGGACGACGAUGAGGCGGAUCGAGUUUAUCAGGAUAUUGAUGAGAGGAUGGACAAAAGACGGCGCGCGCGAAGGGAAGCCCGCGAACAGAAAGAACGCGAAGAAUACGAACGAAACAACCCUAAGAUUCAGCUACAAUUUGCCGACCUCAAACGGUCGCUCAGCAGCUUGUCUGAAGAGGAGUGGGCAGCAUUGCCAGAGGUGGGCGACAUGACAGGAAAGGCAAAGAGAGCAAGAGAAGCCAGAAUGGCCAACAAUCGUCAUUACGCUGUACCCGAUAGCGUGCUGUCGGCGGCUUCACAACAAGGACAACUAGAAACGUCGAUUUCAUCUGAGUCUGGAGACGGUACUAUGACGAAUUUCGCCUCAAUCGGAGCUGCCCAGCAAUCUGCGCUACAAGUUCGAUUAGAUUCUGCUGCACAGGGCAAUGCCGGAACCCAGACAAGUGUAUCUGGUACGGCUACGUCCGUAGAUGUGAAGGGAUAUAUGACAGCGUUGGACAAGACACAAGCAAUGGGAGCAGAGGCCCCUGUCGAAGAUAUCAAACGCGCUCGAGUACUUUUAGAGUCUGCUGUCAAAACGAACGUACACAAUGGCCCAGGAUACGUUGCUCUUUGCCGAUUAGAAGAACUUGCCGGGAAACUGCACACCGCUAAAAAGGUCAUUCAACAAGGAUGCGAAAUGUGCCCGCGUUCAAUCGUCGUCUGGGAAGAAGCGAUUCGCAUCAAUCGUGAUAUUCUUCAUAACGCCAAAGUGAUCGCUGCCAAUGGUAUCAAGCAAAACCCGAAAGCGAUCAAGCUGUGGAUCGCUGCAAUCGAUCUAGAACAAACCGUAGCGGCCCGCAAAAAGGUGACAAGACAAGCAUUGGACCACAACCCACAGUCCGUUGAGCUCUGGAAAAUCCUCAUCAACGACACGGAGGACAUCAAGGACGUUACGAUGCUCUUUGCAAAGGCCACUGAAACAGUGAAGCUUUCCGAAGAGCUUUGGGUCUCGUACGCGCGAGUCUGCGAUCCUGAGCACGCACAGCAGAUUCUCAAUGCUGCACGCAAAGCCAUACCCACAAGUUGGGCAAUCUGGGUGCAGGCGUGUCGAUUACAGGAACAGCUUGGCAGAUCCGACCUGUGUGAUAAAGUCAUGGAACGUGCUGUGAAGGCACUUAUCAAGGAAAAUGCAAUGCUGAAACGUGAGGAAUGGAUCACACAGGCUGAAAUCUGUGAUGAAGAGGGUGCUAUUGCCACUGCUGGAUCAAUUAUCAAAGCCACUAUCGGUUGGGGAUUGGAUGAAGAUGACGAACGACGAGACACAUGGUUACAAGACGCCAAAGACAGCAUUGCCAGGGGUAGAUUCGAGACUGCGAGAGCCGUUCUCGGCCAUGCCAUAUCUAUCUUCCCUCUCAGUACAACGGUCUGGCACGCUGCUGCCGAACUUGAAAAGCGCCACGGGACUGUCGAUCUUCUCUUGAACAUGCUUGAGAGGGCAGUCAAUGCCUGCCCCAAAUCAGAGUCCCUUUGGCUUUCAUAUGCCCGCGAGAUGUGGCAAGCUGGCAAACCAGCCGAAGCACGACAGGUCAUUGCGCGAUCAUUCCAGCAAUUGCCUGGCAAUGAGAACCUUUAUACACGAGCUGUCGAUUUUGAGGUUGACGCCAACGAAUUCGACCAGGCUCGCACCUUCCUCAAGAUUGCUCGUGAAUCUGCUGCGACCGAUCGUAUCUUCAUCAAGUCGGCUGCAUUGGAGCGCCAACUGGGCGACAUGGACGCUGCCCUUGAUCUGGUCAACCGAGGCCUGCAAACAUGGCCUGGAAGCUGGAAGCUCCACUCCAUGAAGGGCCAGAUUUAUGAGUCGAUGUCAAAGCUCAAAGAAGCACAGGAAGCCUAUUCGGUUGGAACACGCGCCAAUUCGAAAGCACCUACUCUCUUCAUCCUUCUCUCGCGUAUACAGGAGAAAACGGGAGCUGUUGUCAAAGCUCGCUCAACCCUCGACCGAGGCCGCGCCCAGAACCCCAAGAAUCCGGAACUUCUCUGCGAGGCUGUGCGUCUGGAGAGACGAGCGGGCAACCUCCCAGCGGCAAACAAACUCAUGGCGGGCGCACUACAGGAAUGUCCUCACUCUGGCCUGCUCUGGGCCGAGAAAAUAAUGAACCUAGAAUCGCGAACACAGCGGAAACCUCGUGCACUAGAGGCGAUCAAGAAGGUGGAAAAUGACCCUCAGCUCUUCGUCGUUGUCGCUCGAAUCUUCUGGGCAGAGCGAAGGUUAGACAAAGCAAGCACGUGGUUCACCAAGGCCGUAGUGCUUGACUCUGAUUAUGGAGAUGGCUGGGUCUAUUUCAUGAAGUUCCUAGAGCAGCAUGGUACAGAAGAGAAGAAGGCCGAGGUUUUGAGCAAAGCAGCCAUGGCCGAGCCGAAGCAUGGCGAGAUCUGGCAGAGUGUCAUCAAGGACCCAAAGAAUUUCAGGAAAAGCACGGAGGAACUAAUGAAGAUUGCGAUCUCGAAGACCGAGUGA